CCUGGGGAACUUGCUGCUGAAGAGGGCAUGGCAUUACGUCUAGCAUUCCUUCAGAGUGCAAGUUUAAGGUCAAUAUGUGUAAUCAUGAAUUGUCCACGGUAUGCUGAAAUGUUAUUGGUGCCCAAGGCUGUUCAAGAGAAGGAUGGUGGCGAAAAAGGUAGUUCUGUGUCAUUAUUGAAUGAAGAAGAUGAAAUUCGUACUGCUAUUAGAGUUUUAGUUAAACAUCUUGUAUCAGCAUGUACACUCCCACAGCCACUCAAGAGGCAAGUUAGUGUUGCUGAGAUUGAAAGGGCCCACUUAGUACUACACGGCAUGUGUAUGAGAGCUUGGGCUGAAGAUAGUUUGAGCGUAGCAGACACUCAGUCACGAAUAUUAGCACUUACAGAUUCUCGUUUAGAAAUUGUCCCUAAUGAUGAAAGAGGGUCUGAUCAGGUUCCAGAGACAGCAGAAAGACAGAAUAUUAUCACAGAAAUACCAUCUGCUAGUGCUGAGGUUAGAGCUCCAAAAAGACCAAUACCUUCCUUAGGGUUGCCAAUAACAGUGCCAUGUGCUCCUGCAACUCAUCCAGCAGGGGAGAUGCGCUCAGUUCAUUCAUCUCAGACAUCCCACAGUCCUACAAGAGGAAGAUCUGUAGGACCCCUUACUCCUCAGAGUGCACCUCUUCCUCCAAUGGCAAGGAGUCAUUCACCAUCACCACCUUUGACACCAUUACCACCAUUGCCACCCCCUAUUGCCACUCCUUUGCUGGAAAUGGGUUUUACCCUCAAGCAUAUACAAAAAGCUAUUGCAGCUCAAGGGCACAAGGGUGAACCAUCGUCAGCAUUAAUUAACCAACUUGUUACAUGGAUGCUAGAACAUCCUUGCAUCGAUUCAAGUGAAACCAGUGAGCGAAGACGUUCACAUGAUGAUACAACAACAUCUGGGAAUAUUAGUACAGGAGUACAGGACUUCAGUGGAAGGAGAACAACAAUUCUUCGUAGAGGAGGGUGUGUUGAUAUACGCUCCCUCAUGGUUCCUUCAAGAUCAUCUUCAGGUCGUGGCUUAGAUACUAGAGAUGCUGAGAGUGUGAGACCACCACAAAGAAGUGAAACUCGCUUUAGAUAUGGUGGCCCAAUGUUUGAGGAGCAGUUACGAGCAUCCGAUGAUGCCAUUGGAACAUUGGCUAAUGACUUUGACCAUUGGUUGAAUACCAUUGCCCCUACAGAUGUAGCACAAGGGUCCUCACUGUCAGCUUCCAGGGAGCGUGAGUGGAGGGCAUUAAUGGAGGUAGCCACUAAUAAUGAGGGAGAACGAGCUUUAAGUCUUUGUGAAGUGUGUUACCAUCCCACAAGCAACCUUCGUCAACACAUGAGAGUUACUCAUCCUGGUUGUGCUCGACCUUGGAUGGCUGGAGUGUGUGGUACUCUGAUUGGUGGGACUUAUAUAUUGUGUGAGGUUUGUCAAGAACAGCAUGCUGGUGGAAACAGUGGCCCAGGUGCUGCACAGGGAGGAUCAACAGAAGCCCAGGAUCGCCAAAGACAUUUAACAACAGUUUUAGCUCCAGACUUGAUUCCUGCACCCCUUGCUACAAUGGAGGAUGAUGGCCUCAGUAUGAAUGAAAUAGAUCUAAAAAUGACCAAUUACAAUAUGAUAGCAACUCGUUUAGGGCUCACCGAUAGGAGGCCUAUACCAGACCCAAUGCCAUUUUUGCGGAGUGAUCCACUAGGAUCAACUACAUUAUCUUCUACAAUAUGUGAUGCAACAGAUGCUUCUUCCUCAGUUACUGGAAUAGGUGCUCGUCCACGUGAUAGCAAUGUUGCAAGUUCGCCAGAGCGUAGCUUAGGAGAACAGGCUGCUGCUCUCAGCUCUCCCAUAGCUAGGAUAUCAGCGCUUCGUCGUACAACGCAUUCCCUCAAAGUGACGGUGGCAAGAGCAGUGGUGAUGCGAGCCCUCUCUCUUCUUGCUUUAAGUGGUGGAUCCUGUGAUUUAUGGGCUGGCCUCGAGGCGCUUGGACUGUGUGACGUUCGUCUUUUAGUGCGCUUGAUGUGGUUGGUUGCUCAAGGAAGAGUUCCACUUGAUGGUUCUGCUAGAACAGCUGGUUCAGUUCUUCAACCAACAGAUGUUGCCACAAGCCUAGCUCAUUUAAGUGAUGCAAUUGGUGCCUUGGCUCAGAAUGACACUGAUGCUGCCAAGUUGUUACUUCAGCUAUGUACUCAGCAUCUUAUGGUAGCUGCAAUGGGAUUAUCAAGUGGAGAUAUUGUCGGUGGUUCCAGCGAAGAAGUUGGAGACUUGAAUUUAAGUAGUGAGCAACAAAGAAGUGCACAACCGGGGUCUGUCACUCACCAGACAAGCUUCCCCGUGACUCAAGCUUUAGUAUCUCUCUUAGCAGCAAAUUCAUCCUUGAUUCAUUGCAAGCAAAGGUGAUGCUGCUUUAUCACCUAUAACUGCAAAUGGAGGGCAUGGUGAUCCAGCUAUCCAGUUGGCAAAUGCAUUGGCAGCUUGUGUUAUGUCAACAAAACUUCCAAAUACACAUCGUCAGUGGGCUGCUACACAAUUG